AUGGAAGAAGAUUUGGGCUUUCCAACUAGUAAAUACCUCGGCGGUCUUCCUUAUCACCCUCUUGAGGAGCCCAUAAGACCUGAAGAGAAUAUCGGCCGGUCGGCGUUCCGCUACAUUGCUGUUCUAGACGACUAUAUUGAAGACUUGCCAAAUAACUUGCAUAUCGACUAUGGAGCCUGCGGUUCACGCCAGAUGCGGGAGGCGUAUAACGAUGAUCUCCCCCAGCCGGGCAAUAACAGUUAUCAUGAAUAUCCCUUCGUCGUCGUGAAAAGAAAGAACAACGGGGAUGGGAAGCACAGUUUGAAACUCCAGGAUGGGGCAUAUCUCCUACGAGCCUGGGAUGAUCUUCGACAGUAUCUUUAUAAAAAGAGGAAGACUUACAGAACUCCAGCAGGUCCCUGGAGUCCUGGGGGCGGCGGAAUCGCAAAAGAGAUCACCGGCCUCCGCCAUACAAUCGCCGAGCUUGAACUUCUGGUACAUGUGUUUUUGGAGAAUUGGGAUAUACUAUCUGCUGUCGGGAUUAAUGAGCUCCUUGAACAAGGAUAUAUAACCUCGCACCAUUAUGAUGCUAUUAACGAGAGAAUCGGGCGGACCGGGUGCCACUGCCACCCCUCUGGGCGGCCAAGAAAAGACUUGGAAAAGUCGGUAUCAAAACAAAGAACGAUGGGCCUUAUCAGGAUGACUCUAUACUGCAAAGCAGAGAUAGAAAAGGACUUCUACCUUGAGAGGGUUGUUGAUCUGGCAAUUAGGGAGGAGAGGGGCGACCUGAGUAUUGCAAUUGGGUACUUUCAGGAGGUUAUAGAGGGCGAACGUCGAGCACUAGAGGACAAACUUAUUAAUACGAGAAUCCAUCAGUUGGAACAGGAACAGUCCCGGCAAGAAAAUAUAAAACUCCUGCGCCUAAAAUUUAAGUUGGAAUACGAUAUUAUAUCACAAUAUAUUCAGGGUGCUCGGACUGCCAGACCGCUCCGGGAGUUCGCGGCUCGAUUUCCACACUCACGAGACUUUUGGGAUAAGGGGAUCAGCAUCUUCCACCAGUUUCUUGAUGGUAACCCGCCUAGUACGCUUAUACGGGCAUUGAGUUCAAUCUCCGUCUCGAUCGCGAUGGCUUCUGUUUUGGAUACGGUUGGAGAGAGUUUUGGGAUGCGGGACGACGUUAUUGCAGAUACUGGCCGAUGGGGAAGGGAAAUUCGCUCCGCCCAUGAAAAACUAUUUUUCGAACGAACCUGCAAGAGUAUCUGGCUUAGAAAUUCCAGUGUGGAGGGAUCCGACCACGACUAUUCGGAAAGUGGUUAUACGCCGCACUACCGAGAUUCGCUCAAGGAACUAGCCAGAAAUCUGAAUGAAUUUGUCCCGAUAACCGAGGAACUUGAGGACUAUCCGGAUCCGCCUAACUUCAUGCCAAACAAUAUCACGUGCACCUCCAUUCCGCAUCCCGAUAUCCCUAUCCUAAUCCCUCCGGAUCCCAUUCAACCAGCGCCAUCGGUACCAGGAACGGAUUCAGCGCUGGAGUGGUUCCUGGUUAUAAUGGCUGGUGCUGUCUUUACCGUCAUCAUAAUUUUCCUGCAUUUUAUGAGAAGAGGAUCGCAAAAGUUCCAAGACGUUGUGCAAAGCGAACUCUUUGACGCUUUGAGGGGGGACAAGAGAUUCACCUGCUUUGAUGGGGUCUUUAAAGAUGUACUGACUGAAGUGAAGUCACAAAGGUUAACCGGGUUCUAUAGGGUUGUUUCAUAUAUCCAAUUGGAAGCUCAGUUGCAUUGCCUUGACGAGAUGUAUGACCAACAGCUGUUGUCCCUCCGCAAGACAACCAAGGCCUUACUUUUUAAGUGUGUUCAUCAAGCGGUCUAUACAUAUAUCGGGCUUCAAUGUGCGGAGCUUGAGAUUAAUCCCCCCCGGAUGGCGAUGAAACCACACGAUGGCAUCCUUGAUGAGACCUUCUCCGGUGCGGAGGAAUCACAAGUGCCACUGGAGGAGAAUGCUCAAAGGGUCCAUACAAGCCCUGGCGUUGAUGCAAAAGUCGAUACAGUCAAUCCUGCCAGGCCUGUCGAUCGCAAACGGAAAGCUCCCCCGUCAGUUCAUGAGAAACCUUCUCAGCCGACUCAAAGACCUAAAAGGCAGGCGGCCGAAAACAAACUCACCUGCGAUGAGUGUGGUAAAAAGUAUUCGAACAUAGGGAACCUGAAUCGCCAUAUCGACGUUAAACAUAAUGAAGAGAAACAAGAACUUCGAUGCGAAUACCCGCCUUGUAUUACAAUCUUUGCCCGGCAUGACGCCCGUGAUGUGCAUCAUCGGAAGUUUCAUUUAUCCUCUAUGGUCUCGGAGGGAGGUGAUUCCGGGCUCCCACUAAGACAUUUGUUGGGGCUCAGAAAAUGA